AUGGCUUGUCCUGCUGCCGUCCUCGGUGCAAUGUACAACCUGCGCAAGGCCAACGAGAGCCUCAAGGCCAACUGGGGGCAGUACAUGACCCGCUGCACCUUCAACUGGCGCAUGAUGAAGACCAUCUUCACCGAGCUGCACGUGUACGACGAGAAGAAGAACUACAAGCCAUUUGACGCUGAGAAGGAGGAGCCCCUGUUUGCCCUGCAGCGCAAGGUGCUGCCCAGCUAG